AUGACACAAGUUAACGGAGUUGAAAGUGAUAAGCAGUUCUCAUAUCCUGAUGUGCAUUCAAAUAUUGUAUCAAUUAUGAAUGCAUUUUCUACACCAAUUACCUAUGAAGGAAAAAUGCAAGAUAAUAUAUCCGUAAAAAUGUUCAUGUCUAUCUGCAACAAUUUGCAACCAUCAGACCUUCUUGCGUUGGCAUGUGUGUGUAAAGAUUUCAAAAAUAUGCUUGACGAGAAUAUUAAUCCAUUGGCUGGGGCAACAUGGAGUAAUUCUAGAAAUCGGUUUACUAUUUUUAAAGACAAGGAUCCUCCGACGGGAAUGAAUCAACAAACUUUUGCAAGAUUAUUAACAUUUAAAAAUGGCUGUCAAUUUUGCAAAACUGAAGAGAGAGUAGCCACUGUAUAUUGGGUUCCUGGUGUUCGUUCUUGCAGAGAAUGUAUGCUCCAAAGAGCAUUUAGUUUUCGUGAAUUUCAAAAUAGUUUUAAUAUUGAUAACGAAAUUCUUGGGCUUAUUGUACCUGUAACCCCAGACAUAUAUUUAUCUGAUGCACCAGAUGAAUCAACAUAUUAUUGGAUUAGUCAUGUCAAGAGUACUAUCGCAUUUUUUAUGAAUGCAGAUGAUAAUACUCGGUCAGAAUUAAAUAGGCUGAGAGAAAACGUUGGGAUCAUUUUUAAAGAAGCCCAACAUUAUCAUGAAUGGACAAAUAACUUAUAUCAAUCUCAAGUCAGAGAUCAAAAAUUACAUUUUGAAAGAUUUCUUUCAGAGAUUAAAAGAGAGUCUUUAUUUAAACUACAACAUGAUGAAGACUACCAAAGAUUGGUAUUAAAAAUACAAACAAAUCCCUUUUUGUUUCAAGAUUGGCAGAAAUAUAAAGCAAGAAUUUUACAACUUGUACAAAGAAAUUCUUGUAACGAAUUUAACAUUCAAGGAGAACCUUCGAUUACUGCAUUUAAUGGUACAACUAAACGAAAGGUUGAUAAUACAUCGAAUUCAUCGAGCUUUCAACAAGGGACUCCUAAAAAGUCUAAAUCAAACGGUCAACGGAAUCCGGAGUUAUCCGAUCCAAAUAAAAGACAAACCAGAAUUAUUAAACGUCUGAGGAAAUUAACAUAUGGUACAGUUCAAAAGUCACCAGAAGAAUCUUUAAUAAGCAUUCGAGACCCAUUAUAUGCAUAUUUAUCUAUGUGCCCAAGCUUCGUUAAGCCACCUUUAAUUAGUGGAUCUGAUUAUACUAAAGAAUUUUUCGAAGAAACUCUUAUCCCAAGGCUCAAAAUGGAAGCAGAACAACUUCGUACGAGCAAUGUGCCCCCACCACCUUAUUUACUCGACACGCAGGGAGCGAUGGAACUUGGUUUCGGAAGUGUUCCAAUUUUUGGGUGUCUUCUUUGCACCUCAAUUAUCCCAUGUACUUUUAAAAAAAUGAAGCAGCAUGCUAGAACUUUUCAUAAAAUUGAUGCUAAUCCUGAGAGGUUUUCUACAAAGAAUUAUUAUGAAGCUGGCUACAGUUCUAGAUAA